UUAAAAUGUCUGAUUUUCCAUAACAAGUAGAAGCUUAAACAGAACCAAGCAACAGCAACCAAAUUUCUCAAACCACUUAAUCCAAAACAAAAACAUUCAUUUUUGUAUAAGAAACUGGCUGUAAGAAACGAGUACUGGACAGUCAGAAAAAAACAAGAAACUUUAAUAAUCGAAGCAAAAAAUCAAGAAACUAUCGAAUCGUGAUAAAACUGAGAACAACAAAAUUUUGUAAAAUCCAAGAACAAGAUUGCCCUGUUGGCCUAGAAAUUAAGACACAAGGGGUAAAAAUAUGCUUCCCACAUCUAAAUACAGCAUCGGAACGGAAGCGAAUCUCUUGAUGUGAUAAAAAAGGUCAUGAACAUUUCACAACAUCAUUCAUGACAUCAUAAUUAAGAAACUCUUAAGAAACAAUGAGUAUUGAAAUUUCAAAAACAUUAAGAAACUGGAGUACUCAACAUCGAACUUUGUUUCUUAAAAAAAGUGAGUGUAGUGUCCCUGGUUUUUUCAACAUCCUUUCCAAAAUGCAUAUAUCAGUGAAAUAAAGACCCCUUUCUUUUUAACGUUCAACUGCAAACGCCUAGACGAAUCUACGAACAGUUGUUUACAACAUGUAUGACCAACAAUAGGGUAGAAUUCAGUCAGGAUAUUUAAGAAACCCUUCGCUUACUUCUAUUUGAUCCAUGUAUCUACGAUAUAGUCAAUCUAAUGAAUGAAAAUGAAACGCUAAAGAGUGAACGCCGUAAAUUGCCCUUUUUAAAUGAUAUCCCGUUUUAAACUUUCCCUUUAAUCAACGCUUGUCGUCAAUAAAGAAAUAUUUUAUACUGCCUCUUCUUCAUGCAAGAAAGAUAGCUUGUUUCAGCAGUACUUGACCUGUACUUGCUUUGAUUAAAAUUCUAAAGGUUUGACAGAAUAUCUCAUUCAUAAUUGCAUGAGCUCACUAAACCGAGGGUUCGUUUUGCAGGGAGUAUUCCAAACGCCCAAACUUUUAGUUCGCAAUAACUAGAGGCUUCCAUCGGUUGCACGAAGUACUGUAUCUCAUCAGACAUGAUGAAAGUUCCAGUUACAUUUUUAAUGUUCAAAUCCAGGAACGCAAAUUAAAACACAAUUGAAACAUUUUUCAAUGAAUUGAAAAACCUCUACUGUUUGUAUACAAUUUGUUCUAUAUGCUGCACUUAAACGGCUGGCUAUUAUUCACAGAGAUUCAUUUCCAAAUCAACACGAGAAGCACAUUUGUUAAUAAAUCAAAGUUGGGAAAAAACACGAGGCGUACAAAGAGAAAGCCUCAAUAAAGCACAAUUUUAUCGAAAAUUCUGGAAGUAAAAAUUGUUUUCUUUGGACUUGUCCACUGCUGAUAUCGGAUCUCUAAACCGAUAGAGCUUUUAGGACAUUUUUAAUAGGCUAGCUCUGUCACAAAAUGUUUUUAUCAUGUCAUUACAUGGUGUGACGUUUGGUUCAUUCAUGUAAAUAGUUGCUACGUUUCCAACAAAACGAAUAAGCUACAUUUAUAUACGACUUCUCACUCACUUCACUAUCUCACUUCCAUUUCUAUAUCUAAGUUCUCUUAGUAAAUCGCGUGGUACUUUUAGGCAGUUUCUGGCCUUUUUAUUACCUGGCAAAGUUUAGCAGUACUAUGUAGCAAUAAAUUUAUUUAAAAGGGUAAAGUUAAGGUUAUAAAAAAUCGUCUCGGCAGCUGGCAAAAUUGGACAUUAGCGUCUUUUGAGAUGUAUCAUUCCAAUAGCCCCUGGCUAGAAAGUACUUCGUGUAUACUGUAAUUUCACGCCCCAUCUUAGUAAAUAGUUAUUAUUCGUUGGGGAGAACUUGAAAGAACAUGCACUGUGUGUUCCCUGUGCGACCCCAUGUGGCAACUACAACAACAUGCCUUGUCUGGCACCCAGGUAUCAAAAAUAUCAAAAUUUGGUCAAGUACGAACGAAAAAUCCUCGUUUUCAGUUUCUUCCUUCCAUUUUCUUUGCUUUUACGAGGCUGAGACAUAAUGUACGUGAUAUUUUUAGAAUCUAAAAAAUGGAUGCUCGAAAGUACGAUUUGAAGAGAAAGAUCGAAGCAGCUGAGCAAAAGUUGAGGACUCUACAAGUAGGGGUACCAGAUUUUCACUUAAAUGGUUCUAAUGAAGUUGUAGUAAGGCCCGAAUCUUUUCAUAACCCAUCGCGAAUAAAAAGUAAUCGACGCAGACCCCGGCCUUACGUGAAGAAAAAGAAAGGCCCAAUACCAGAGGUAGAAGAGACUCAAACUGACACAGAACUGAUGCAGACAGACAUAAACUUUGAGGAGGAAUCAGAAGAUGAAGCUAAUGAUAUACACGCAGAUGAUGAAAUUGACCAGUUUGAAUUUUACGAUGAGCAGCAAAAUCAUCAAAGUGUUUAUGGGUCUUUCAAGGUCUCCUCAACUAAGGAACAAGUUUAUAUUUUUAACAUUCUUCGAACACAAGCGAUGGUGUCUGUUGAUGAUGCAUACUCCAAAUUUCUACUCAAAGAUUUUGACGCAGAAAAGAAUAUUUUGAAGAAUAAGGCGUUCCAGUUCGUGAAAAGAGAAGUUUUUUGUCUCCAAGAUGGAUGUUGUUGGAUAUAUUCAUGCACCUGUGAUGAUACCAGGAUGAUAUACACCAAAAUGAUGAAUAAGCAUAUUCCCAGUCAAGUUAUUGCUGAAUUUUCUGAACAAAUAAACGCGAGUCAUCCACCAUGCAUUCACAUAGCUGCUUGCAAGCAGCUAAUAUCAGUCUGGGAUGAUAUACACAACAUAACACCAAACGUACCAGAAGAAGGGAUUGAAGUUGAUCACGGAUAUAGCAAGGUACGGCCGUUUCUGGUUCAAAAUUUUGUUGUCUUUAACUGGUGCUGGACAUUUCGUAUUCUAUAGAUCUUUGUUAACAACAAUAAUUGUGUAAUUGAUGUAUUCUAUUUUGUUCGACUUAUUUCUGAUUUCUUUCUCUAGCGCAUGAAUAUAAGCCACAGGAUAAUAUUUCACCGGAUUUUUAUUCU